AUGGACGACGAAUACAAAGCUGCUCGCCUCCUGCGGGCCCUAAAGCGGGCCGGCACCCGCGCUCCGCACUGCUUGGCGGCUGUGCGCCAGAUCGUCAUCUUCAUGUCCGCGGCGCUGCCCGACCUGCUCCCCCUCCUGCCAAGCUGCGGCGGGGGCGUGACGCACCUGGCCAUCCGGCCCCCGAACGGCUACCCCAGCAUGUGGCGGCAGCUGCCCGGCCUGCUCGCGUGUCUGCCGCAUCUACAGCGUCUCGUGGUCCCCUUCGUCGAUGUUUUUCCGGACCCCUUUCCGCAUUCGGACAACUCGGCGAACUUCCAGCCGGCGCUGCCGCACGUGACGCACCUCGCGCUGCUCGACGCCGGCACGUUUGAGGCCCAGGCCGAUCUGCAGCGCAUGCUGGCGUUCUUCCGCGCGCUCCCGGCGCUGACGCAUCUUGCGCUGAUGAUCCACGGGAGCAACCGCCGCACGCCGGAGGACAUGCUCGGUGUCUUCGCCGCGCUGCUCGACCGCCGGGAGUUGCCGGGGCUCCGCGUGCUGGCCUGCCUCGGCCCCGGCACUUACGAGACAGCCGUGAUGGCGAGGCGACUGGAGCUUGCGGACCCUGGGCCGUAUCUGCCGGGUAAGGACACUGGCAGCCCUCUCCGCGACGCGCGCUUCGUGGUGGUCGACUACGGCUCGUGGCUUGACGGCGCAGACCUCCCCGGCCUGCGGACAUAUUGGGACAUGGCCGACACGUUCGUUGCGAAGAAAGUAACGGGCCAGAUUGCAUCAUCGGUGGUGUUGGUGCACCCAUCUUCCACCGGCGGAGAAUACUGA